CAGGCAGCCCCGAUGGCCAAGCAACCCCCCGAGGUGAAGGCUCAACGCGACGCCGGUGAGGGCGGGAGGCUGCCGGCGGCGGUGGAGGGACCGGGCCCGGCCGCGCAGCAGCUACGUCCCGGGGCUCCCGCCGCCCUGCCCGGCUCCUCCGCUACCGCCACGGCGGGGCCUCCAUCGCGGGGCCCACCCGCCAGCCCCGGGCCCUUCGCCACCCGCUCGCCUCUUUUCAUCUUUGUGCGGAGGUCACCGCUGCUGUCGCGCUCCUCCAGCGGGUAUUUCUCCUUCGACGCCGAGCGAAGCCCUGCGCCCCUCAGCUGCGACAAGGCUACUCAGACCCCAAGCCCACCCUGCCAGGCUCUUAGUCACUGCCUCAGCGCCAUGGCUUCCCGGUGGCCAUCUCCCUCUGUAGCAGAAGACAUACAGCCUGAAAUCUGGAUUGCACAGGAGCUGCGGCGCAUUGGUGACGAGUUCAAUGCCUCCUAUUGUCCAAGAAGGGGUUUCUUGGAUAACCAUAUGGGACACCCCCAGAUCAUCAUUUUGCGCCUUCUGCGUUACAUCAUCCGCCUCAUCUGGAGGAUGCAUUGAGUGCCAGGUGCAUCCCAGGGCAUCAGGACUUGUUUACUCAUUGGGAAAGCCUGGGGAGGACAGAUAGACAGACCUGCCUCCUCUUCCCCAGGAUGUGUGAUGGGGGCUGUCAGAUGAGGGUGGAAUCCCACACUGACCUGCUGGGACUCUCCAAAGCAAGGAUUUAUCCGAGUGGUGUUUACCGUGUUUCUCUCAACUCUUCUGUGAUUUUUAAAAUUUUUUAAUUUUCCCAGGAGUCUCAGAGCAAAAAUGCUCAA